AUGUCUGCAGACUCACCUUUACCAGAACUACAGGACCUGGUCCCUUUCAGCCAUACUGGUACAGAUGCUGCCAAAUUCGAGAAGACAUGGUUCACACCAUUGAAUAAGAAAGGCAGUACAGGAAUACUACAACAGCAAGGUAAAAACCCACUUGGUAAGGGCACGUAUAGUAUAGUGUGGCAAGUGGAACGAAGUGAUUUUGACACACAAACUAUGGGACUGGGCCAGGAUACGAAACAUACGAAUAAAGUGUUUGCUGCAAAAGUAAUGCCAAAGAUAAAAGGGCCAGAUGAUUUCUUUUAUAGGGGACCCGACGAAAAAAAGCGUGUUAUGAGCUUUGCAAAACGCGAAGCGCAGUUACUUUCAAGGCUUAGACACAGGAAUAUAAUAAAGUUCUAUGGAGCUUUUGAAAACGAUCAAGCUUGGGUCCUUGUUAUUGAGUUUGCAACUGGCGGGAAUCUCAAUGAGCGCAUUCUGACGUUCCACAGAUAUACAUUGACGGAAACGGAAGCAAUACAUUAUAUGAGGCAAGCACUCGAUGGCCUAGCCUAUCUUCAUUCUGAAGGGUAUAUGCACAGAGAUAUGAAGACUGACAACCUAUUUAUAAUGCGGCCGCAUGGGGAAUCUGCUCCUUUCACCAAAGACCGGCUCAUGAUAGGUGAUUUCAGUUAUGUAGUACCAAAAACAAACUACUUGGGAAUUGAACGGUGUGGAUCACCAGAUUACAAUGCCCCCGAGGUAUUUUGGGGAACCCACUCGGAAGCUGAAGACAUAUGGGGAAUAGGAAUAAUCACACUUGAGAUCCUUGCUGCAGCAAUUCUUUAUCGUUAUUUGCUGAACAAGAGGGGUACUAGAAAUCCCUCUAUUAAUCAACUUGAUGAAGUUGCAAACAAUUUGGACAACAAGAAAGUUGCAAACACAUUACAAGAUGAUUGUUUCUCACAUAUCUCUAAUGAAGCAAAAAAAUUUAUCCUGAGCUGUCUUGAGAUAGACCAAUAUAAAAGGGUAACAGCAAGGAGUGCUCUUGAUGAAAAUGACUGGUUGAAUAGUAUUACAAAUGAAAGUAAGAGUAUUAACUCUGGUACAGUAGAAAAGGAAAGCAAAGUACAGGGAUCCAAGCCUAAAGAUGGUGCUACUACAUCUAAAACAAAAGAACAGCAUUCAGUGUCUAGGCAUCAACAAAAGACUGACAAACAUAGAAAAUUGCCUAGUUCUAAGGAACACAAAAGAACAAGUACAAUCAAACAUGGAACAAGUGAAAGGAAAUAG